CCCGUCGUCUCCCUCCUCUGCUGCAAGCUCAGUCCCAUACUCCCAUGGCGUCCACGGCUCCACGGGAGGAGGACCUCCUCAUGGAGGACGACGAGCACCGCCCGUCCCUCAACAGGGCGCUGCUCCACCGCAGCGCCACCAACAACACCUCCCAGGUCGCCAUGGUCGGCUCCAACCCCUGCCCCAUCGAGAGCCUCGACUACGAGAUAAUAGAGAAUGACCUGUUCGACCAGAACUGGAGGUCGAGAGCCAAAGCCGACCAAGUACGGUACGUUGUGCUCAAGUGGACCUUCUGCUUCGCCAUCGGCAUCAUCACCGGCAUCGUCGGCUUCGUCAUCAACCUGGCCGUCGAGAAUGUCGCCGGCCUCAAGCACACCGCCGUGUCCUCCCUCAUGGAGUCCAGCAGCUACUGGGCGGCGUUCUGGCUGUUCGCCGGCACCAACCUGGUGCUCCUCCUGUUCGCGUCGUCCAUCACGGCGUUCGUGUCGCCGGCGGCCGGCGGGUCGGGGAUCCCGGAGGUGAAGGCCUACCUCAACGGCGUCGACGCGCCCAACAUCUUCUCGCUGAGGACCCUCGCUGUCAAGAUUAUAGGCAACAUCACCGCCGUGUCGUCGUCGCUCCACGUCGGCAAGGCCGGGCCGAUGGUGCACACGGGCGCGUGCAUCGCCGCCGUCUUCGGGCAGGGCGGCUCGCGCAAGUACGGCCUCACCUGCCGCUGGCUGCGCUACUUCAAGAACGACCGCGACCGCCGCGACCUCGUCACCAUCGGCGCCGGCGCCGGCGUCACCGCGGCCUUCCGCGCCCCCGUCGGCGGCGUCCUCUUCGCGCUCGAGUCCCUCUCGUCGUGGUGGCGGAGCGCGCUGAUCUGGCGGUCGUUCUUCACGACGGCGGUGGUGGCGGUGGUGCUGCGGCUGUUCAUCGAGCUGUGCUCGUCGGGGAGGUGCGGCCUGUUCGGCAAGGGCGGCCUCAUCAUGUACGACGUGAGCACCAAGUUCGACGACCUCAUGACCUACCACCUCAAGGACAUCCCCAUCGUCGUCCUCAUCGGCGUCGCCGGCGCUCUCCUCGGCGCCCUCUACAACUUCCUCAUGAUCAAAGUGCUGCGCAUCUACAGCGUGAUCAACGAGAGGGGCAACGCGCACAAGCUGCUGCUGGCGGCGGCGAUGUCCAUCCUGACGUCGUGCUGCGUGUUCGGGAUGCCGUGGCUGGCGCCGUGCCGGCCGUGCCCGGCCGACGGGCCGCCGUCGCCGUCGCCGCCGAAUGGGAGCUGCCACUCGCUGAAUCGGUUCCGGCGGUUCCACUGCCCGGCGGGGCACUACAACGACCUGGCCAGCCUCUUCCUCAACAUCAACGACGAUGCCAUCCGCAACCUCUACUCCACGGGCACCAACGACGUCUACCACCCGGGCUCCAUGCUCGCCUUCUUCGUCGCCUCCUACGCGCUCGGCGUGCUCAGCUACGGCGUCGUCGCGCCGUCGGGGCUGUUCGUACCCAUCAUCCUCACCGGCGCCACCUACGGCCGCCUCGUCGCCAUGCUGCUCGGCGGCCACUCCGGCCUCGACCACGGCCUCGUCGCCAUCCUCGGCUCCGCCUCCUUCCUGGGCGGCACGCUCCGGAUGACGGUGUCCGUGUGCGUCAUCAUCCUCGAGCUCACCAACAACCUGCUCCUCCUGCCGCUCGUCAUGCUCGUGCUGCUCAUCUCCAAGACCGUCGCCGACUCCUUCAACUCCAGCAUCUACGACCUCAUCCUCCAGCUCAAGGGGCUCCCGCACCUGGACGGCCACGCCGAGCCCUACAUGCGGCAGCUCGCCGUCGGCGACGUGGUGGCCGGCCCGCUGCGGAGCUUCGACGGCGUCGAGAAGGUCGCCAACGUCGUGCACACGCUCCGGACCACGGGGCACCACGCGUUCCCGGUGGUCGACGAGCCGCCGUUCUCGCCGGCGCCGGUGCUCUACGGCCUUGUGCUGCGCGCCCACCUGCUGGUGCUGCUCAAGAAGCGGGAGUUCCUGCCGGCGGCGGAGCGGUACCCCAAGGACUACGUGGCCGGGAGGUUCGAGGCGCAGGACUUCGACAAGCGCGGGUCCGGGAAGCAGGACACCAUCGACGACGUGGAGCUGUCGCCGGAGGAGAUGGAGAUGUACGUCGACCUGCACCCCUUCACCAACACGUCGCCGUACACGGUGGUGGAGACCAUGUCGCUGGCCAAGGCGCUCGUCCUCUUCCGCGAGGUCGGCCUGCGCCACCUCCUCGUCGUGCCGAAGUCCUGCGACAGGUCGCCGGUGGUGGGGAUCCUGACGAGGCACGACUUCAUGCCGGAGCACAUCCUGGGGCUGCACCCGGCGCUGCAGGGAAGCCGGUGGAAGCGGCUCCGGUGGCAGAAGGGCGCCGUCGCCAAGCAAUUCCGGUCGCUCCUCGACUGGAUCGCCACCAGCGGCUGACCGAUGAAAGACUAUAUUUCUAUCUAUACUGUAUACAUUAAUUCUGGCCGGAUACCGAGAGAUGAUGGGUGGAUGGAUCGGAGAUUCGGAGCACACACGGUACAUACAUACAUGUUGGAUUGCUCAUUGAAUUGUUUUAUGAAUUUCGUGAAAUAAUAUAAGCACCUACAUGGUGAUAAUGAAUGCCAAAGACAACCAUUCAAUUUUGUUUUCUU